UCAAGUCUGACAAUUCAUGUUGAAUAUAAUAUUUUUUUCAUUGUUUAUGAAGGAGGCAAGAUUUCAUUUCGGCAAUCGUAGAAGCAACAUUCAACCACUUAGUAUCAAGCAUCUAAAUUUGGAAAUACCAUUCUCGUGGCUACUAAGAUAUGAAUCUUUGAUUGAUGAAUUAUUUAUGUAUUUUCAUCCAAAGACCUUGCUAGUGAGAGUGGAUUCAGAUGCCUCGAAGAAUAACUUUAUACAGAUUUUAAGAUUCUUGCCUCAACUACAAGACAAGGCACUCAUCAAAUUAGCUUUGGGUUUCAAUGGUUUGAAUGAAUCAGCAUAGCAACUACGCAAGAGUACUUCUAUCUGUCUACUCCAAUACAUAUCAUAUCAUAUCUGAGUAGAACAGGUUGUAAACUGCAUCUAGAGGGGUUUUUUGUACUGUUCUUUAUUUAUUAAAUACAUUACUAUUACGACGUGAUAGGAAAUGAACUUACUGUUUUUCUAUUUAUUCCUUGGAUAGUAUAAUCUAUUAGAUAUCUGAAUUUAGUGACUUCUUA